AUGAAGUCCUCGGCAGCCCUCUCUCUGCUCUUCCUCCUCCCUAGCAUUCGUGCCGCCGCUGUCCCCCAGCUCAUUGGCUCUGAGCUCGGAAGCACCUCUAGCUCUCUCAAACGAGACACCUCAGGCAGCCUCGUCCCUCGCUCUCCCCAACCUGGAUCCUCCGAACCAGAAAUCCAAGGCAGCAAACGUGAAACACUCCCGGAGGCCGCUGCCUCCCUGACCGAUGACCCAUCGCUCGGCGUUUCCUUGAAUCUCAAACGCGACCUCUCAGCCCGCAGCCCUCAAGGUCCAGCCUCCAAUCCUGGCGAAUUCAUCGACGUCGGUCUCUCCCGUGUGAAUCCUGCUAACCACCACUCCCCUGCAGACUCUUCCUCGUCUUCGUCUCCUGCGGACAAUGGCUCAGAGGGGUCUGACCCUAGGCUUAUCGACGGAGCCUCGAAAAUUUCUCAUGACGAAUCUCGCGAAAGGCACCAUAUGAUGGAAGAGGACGAAAAAAUGGAACACCAUCGCCACCACAAUGGCACACGCGACCACAAUUGGAAUGGCACGCAUCACGAAGAUAGAAAAGAUGGCAUUUUAGCCGAGUUCAACGCUCAUGGCGAGCACAUCUUCGUCUACAAUGGCACGCACUACCCCAACGGGACGAACUAUAGCCCUGCGAAUGAGACGAUGGACGGGGGCAAGAUGUUAGAAAAAGUUGUCGUCGAUGGCGAUGAGGUUGUCGUCUACCGCCAGCCAUGGAACAGUACCCAUUAUCUCCAUCACCACAACCAUACUGAGGGACCGAUGCCUACUGCUACUGGAGUAUGGCUUCCUUCGGGAACAGGAUGGAUUCCUAGUGGGACGGGAAGGCCGCGCCAUCAUAGGAAGGUGCCGAGUGCUGCUUACGCUGGAUUCAGAGGCCCAAUGGCGAAGAGAGAUGGCAGGGUCAGCAAGGACGAUGAAUAA